CAUAUAACCAUUACACAAAGACUACCACGCGUUGACCCAUAUGUUUCUUGGAGCUUCACUUAUCACAUUCUAGGACAUUCUAAAAAGACUAAAGAUCGCAAGUGUCAUCGUCAUCAUCAGGCGUGUCCUUCGAGGUGUCAUGGCGGCUGGGUGUUUACACCUGCGACGCGCUACUUACCUUUGCAGGAUUUAGCAGUGGUGAAGGAAAAUGUCCAACAUCCACCUGGGGCUGCCAUACCCUGGGGGAGUUGUUGACCACUCCAGUAACCUGGCCAAUGACAUUGGCGUGCUGUACCUCAACGAUGAGUACAGUGAUGUCACCUUGCAGGUCAACGGUCAGGCUUUCCAUGCACAUAAGGUCAUCUUGGCUGCUCGCAGUCAGUACUUCAGAGCCUUGUUGUUUGGAGGUCUUCGGGAGAGUCACCAGGCUGUGGUGGAGAUAAAGGACACUAAUCUGACUGCCUUUAAGGUUCUUCUGAGGUACAUCUACACUGGCUGGGUCAGUCUAGGCUCGGAAAAGGAGGAGACAGUUCUGGAGAUACUUGGCCUUGCUCACCAAUAUGGCUUUGAGGAUCUGGAAGCUGCCAUCUGUGACUACCUGAAGGAUGCUCUGUGUAUCCCCAACGUGUGUGUCAUCUACGAUAUGGCAACACUUUAUUCUCUCUGCAACCUCAAGGCUGUGUGUGAGGACUUCAUGGAUAAGAAUGCACUCCCUAUCCUCAACCAUGAGUCCUUCUACUCCCUUUCUCCUUCAGCCCUGAAGGCCAUCAUCAGUCGUGACUCCUUCUGUGCCCCUGAGGUCCACAUCUUCCAGGGUGUGUAUGAGUGGGUGGAGCGUAGCACAGAUCUCUCCACUGAGCAGACCCAGGAAAUACUCUCACAGAUCAGGCUGCCCCUCAUCAGCCUCUCGCCCCUUGGCCCUCGACGAAGAAGAGAAAAUACUCCAGUCCUCACUUUAUGGGGAUCAUCUGCACAGCUUGGACAGUUUGGUCCAGGACAAGGCUUCUUUAUAGACCUCCUUAAUGUUGUCAGACCUACAGGCCUCAUCUCCCCUGACCAGAUCCUUGAUGCCAUCAAGGCCAAGAAUGAGUCGAGGGACAUGGACCUUCAGUACCGUGGCUACCUCAUGCCUGGGGAGAAUGUAGCAGUGCAGAGCAAGGGAGCACAAGUACUUCAAGGGGAGAUGCGGGCCAAUCUCCUGGAUGGCAAUGUCUCCACCUACGACAUGGACCGAGGCUUCACCCGGCAUCCCAUUGACGACAACAAUGGGCAGGGAAUCCUGGUGAAGCUUGGCAUGCAGUGCAUCAUCAACCACAUGAGGAUGAUGCUGUGGGACAAAGACCAACGUAGGGGUUACUCCUAUUACAUCGAAGUGUCCAUGGACCAGAAAGACUGGGUGAGGGUUGUGGACCACACACGAUAUCACUGUCGGUCGUGGCAGUACCUCUACUUCCCAGCGCGUGUGGUGCGGUACAUCCGCAUCGUGGGGACCAACAACACUGUCAACAGGGUGUUCCAUGUGGUGGCCUUUGAGGCGUACUACUCCAAGCAGGAAGUGGAGCUGCACAAGGGACUCAUAAUUCCACGGGAGAAUGUGGCGCUGGUGACCAAAAGUGCACUGGUGCUGGAGGGAGUGAGUCGUUCGCGCAACAACCUUCUCAAUGGGGACAUCCAUCACUAUGACUGGGACUCUGGCUACACAUGUCACCAGCUAGGCUCUGGCUCCAUCUGUGUGCAGCUGGGGCAGGCCUACUGGCUUUCCUCCUGCAAGUUGUUGCUUUGGGACUGUGAUGACCGUUCCUACAGUUACUACAUCGAGGCCUCUGUGAACAACAGAGACUGGGAGCUCAUAGUGGACAAGACACGAGAGGCAUGUCGGUCCUGGCAGACUCUCACCUUUGCCCCCAGAGCAAUUGUUUACUUUAAGAUAGUAGGAACGUUCAACACGGCUAAUGAGGUACCUGUUUUCCACUGCGUCCACUUUGAGGCACCAGCACAAGUCGGGUCAGAAAACCGGCCCCGUGUGAAAGGCUUUGACCAUGCUGUUGCCCCUGUGCGGCCCCAUCCCUCCGGCGGCAGCAUCGAGGAUGGAAGAGGCUCCCCUGCAAGUGUUGAGGCUGUGGUGAUGGACUCCAACCUUGUUGCUCUGGAGGCAGGACCUGUAAGAGAGAGACUAGGUAGCACUGCUAGAUCUGACCACUCGGAGGAAAGCAGGAUGAGGGAGGAGGGAGCAGUAGGGAGAGUAAGGGAUGAAGGAGCUGUAGGGAGAGUCGAGGAGGGAAGUGUAGGGAGGGUGAGAGAAGAUGUGGGUGUUGGGGCCAGAAGAAGAGAGGAGAGGGAUGUGAGGACAAGGGCACGGGAGGAAAAUCGUGCAGGGAGGAGGGGGGAGGACACAAGUGCUGGGGAGAGAGUAAAAGAACAGUGUCCGCGACCACAGACACCACUGCCCGAAGUGGUCGUGGUUCCCGAGCCCAAAGCAAGGCACCCACGACACCACUGUCUACAAGAUGACUCUGAUGAUGAUGAGGAAGAAGAAAGCAAAGACAAGUAAUGCUUAAUGUGACACUUGGUUAAUGGCAACCUGGUAGUAGGAGCAGGAAGUGUAGGCUUAACUUUUUCAUCAUCUCAGAAAAAUAACAAUGUGGUACAAAGUAAAAAACACAACUGGAGGUUGCCAAGGGAAAGCUCUGAACAAUGCAGGUCUGUCUGGGCAGGAGCAUGUGUGGUCAUCAUGAGUCUGGUACUGCUGGUGGCUGCAAUCAUGCUCUGAUAAUUUUUGCUUAACCCCCAAAAUAAGUAAUGUUACACUUCAAUCAUUAAUAAUUUAAUAUUUUGGCACACAGUAUGUCUUAAUGCUAUAAAAUAUGAAUUCAGAAGUGUAUGAAUUAUGUAACAAUAUGACUGGUAACACAUGGUUUGAAAACGUGUAUUUUACAUUGAAUGUAAAAAUCUGUAAAAUGUAUAAUUUUGUACCCUUGAAACUAAUGAAAUUAGCAAGACUGCAUUAGUUGAGUCUGUGGGUUUAUGGCCACAGGUGGCUAAACUAGUUUCAGGCUGUGCUCUGUGAAUAUGAAUGUCAUUGACGUCAUAAUGGCCACAGGUGGCUAAACUAGUUUCAGGCUGUGCUCUGUGAAUAUGAAUGUCAUUGACGUCAUAUUCCUGUAGAUAAGUAAAUUAAGAAAUAAAUUGUGAAUUUUAUGGUGUAGCUUCUAAAAUGUUCUGAAAUAAUUAUUGAGUAAAUGCAUUAUAAAAUAAUGAAUGAUGGAAUGACAUUCAAGAAUUGAUUUAAGGCAGGUGUGAAUAGAACCAAAAAGUAAGGAUUCUGUGAUAAUCAUGCCAUCUACACAAAUCAAAGCGUCAAACAGUAGGAAGAGAAACAAAGAUAAAGUGAAAAUGAAAAUAGUCAUAGAAUUUGUAAUACAGGAAUGGCCGUGGUGUAAGAGGUCAAGAACUGAAAUGAAAUGUGAUCCAUCAGUGAUCAGUCUAAUUGUUCCUGUCAUUCAAUCCCCUGCUGGUACAAGUCAGCUCCCGCCAACUGUCAACACUCCUCACCUCCUCACCCAGCCUGUGCAUCCUCCACCCUGCUGAUGCUCCUCACUAGUUUCUUAUAUUUAAAUACUCGCAAUUGUGCAUGUUUACUUUUGUUUGUGGUGAUAGUCAUUAGAGCCAGUGAGCAGAGCAGGGCAGGACUGAAGGUAGUGUGGAGGGAGGUGCAUGUCAACAUGUCUGGCUCUGGGUCAGUCAACUAGGUGUCACAAAGCAAUGUAUACCCUACAGGUGAUCAGAAAAUGUGGAGCUUAACUUUAUUCAUCAUAUUCAAACUUUCCUACAGGCAAGAGAAAAAUAUAUUUUAUGGGAGGUGUUUUUGUUCUUUGCUGGUUUUUACAUCAAGAGAGGAUCAUCCUGCCACUUGUAGUUGUAGUGGUUAUGACUCACAGCAUGACCCUUCGUAACUAGUCUCUCAACCUGCUUCUGAUACUCCUCAUUUUCUUUUUUUUUUCUGUGCCAAAUAAAAGUUUUUCUCCUUGUAAAAAGUGCAUAUUAAUUAUUGUAUAGUUGAGUUGUUGCACAGUUAUUCGUUAUAUAGAAAGUUUUAAUUUAUUUCUUUUAACUUCCUGUACCUGGCCUAGUUUUUAAGUAGUGCUUAUUUCUCUAAUGUUCAUUUGUAUAAAGUUCACACAUUAUCAAGUUAUAAAGUUUAGCAUCAUCACCUUUCUCAAAGAGUGGAGUGUGUGCUGUCCAGCACUCCUCUACCACUACCUCUGGCAUAUUCCUUGGUUUUCUAAAUAAAUACCUUAUUAAUAUGCAACAAUAAAAUGUAUAAGGCAUUUC